AUUCUAGGAGAAACCGACCGGGAGGUAGACCGGGUGAACGAUGGCAGAGUCGAUGUUACAUACACACAAAGCGAUGCUGAAAGUUGCUGCUCUCGUGGUCUUUUCUCUCUUGAUUUCGUCAGUGAACGGAAGACCAUUAUCUGAUGAUGACGUUACAGACUUGUAUCCGAUGGUGAAACCCAACGAUCACGGCUCACGAAAAACUAGAGAUGUAAUCCUGACACGACCCGGAUCUGAAUUCGUUCUCAUCCCUGCCCAGGUACGAGACGUGGCCGAUCCGUUGGAACCCCGUGUGAAUCUCGAUGAAGAACCUUCCACGGGCGAUCUAGAUGGAGAUAUCAAGCUUACCCCUGAACAAGAACAUCUCCUACAGGAAAACCAACAAGAGACAAGACGAGUGAAGAGAAAAGCAGUGACUGACUGGCGCAAACUCUGGCCAAACGGCACAAUACCAUACAAAAUUGAGGAAUCUGCUAGAAACUUCUCAGCUGCCAUCAGUCUUGCGAUAGAACACUGGGAAAGUAACACUUGCCUGACUUUUGAUCCAUCACCUACGACUGAACAGUAUCUAUCCUUCCAAUUAUCAAACAAACCUACAAUAUGUUGGUCGUAUGUUGGAAAAGUCACAAUACUUCCUCAGCCCAUUGGUAUUGCACCUAAAUGCGCAACUUUUGGCACGAUCGUCCACGAAAUCGGGCACGCUAUCGGGUUUAAUCACGAGCAAUCACGACCAGAUCGGGAUGACUGGAUUGUCGUUCAUGAGGAGAACAUCAUAACAGGAGAAAUGAAAAACUUCAUAUUAAAUUCCUUCGAUCAAACUAUGACAAGUAUUCCUUAUGAUUAUGAAUCCAUCAUGCAUUACUCUCCUUACAGUUAUGCUAUAGACAGGACUAUACCAACGAUCACAACGAAAAACCCAUUCAACUUCCCGUACAUAGGCCAGCGAAAAGCACUGAGCUUUCGUGACGUCCAAGCCGCCAAUAUGAUAUACAACUGUAGCGUAGGCUGUCCAUCUUUAACCUGUUAUAACGAAGGUUUUGUAGGCCCCGACUGUACAUGCGUGUGCCCAGAAAAGUUCACCGGAACGCAUUGCCAAGAUGAUAAUCCUAAUUACGUACAACCUUGUGAAUUUGAAAUGACAUCAAACUCUGGUAUGAUCCAAUCGCCCAAUUUCGGAAUCGGGAACUACCCUCUAGAUACAAUUUGCAUAUAUCAUAUCAAGCCCUCCGUCAAUUUGCCGAACAUGACGAUUACUCUUACGUUCGAUUCAUUCUCACUCGAAAAUUCGAAUGAGUGCAUUUGGGACUACGUUCGAGUAUUCAAUGACACAUUCACCUACCAAGGCCCCAAAUUUUGUGGAUCCACCUUACCAGCACCUAUAACCACUAUUGGUUCAGAAAUGAUAGUCUGGUUUCGAUCAGACAUAUACCAGACUAUGCCAGGAUUCCGAGCUAAUUACACUAUAGAACUCGAGCCAUCAUCAACAAAUGUCCCUGUUACAACCCUUCCAACCUCUACAUUAAUACCAGAAUCCACUGCUAUCACAGUGCCUGUAACUACCAGUGAACAUUUAACAGAACCAGCUUCCACAACAACUUCCCGUGCUACCACAAGUGUACGUCCAACCGAUCAAUCUCCGACAACUGCUCGUAUGACCACAAGUGAACGUCCAACAGAACCAGCUUCCACAACAAUUUAUGCAGUCGCCACCAGCAAACUUACAACAGAAUCAGCUUCCACAACAACUUCUAGAGUCACCACCAGUGAGCGUCCAACAGAACCAGCUCCCCCAGCAACUUCUCGUGCUACAAGUGUACGGCCAACAGAGCCAGUUUCAACAACUGUUCUCGUGACAACAAGUGAACGUUCGACAGAACCAGCUUCCACAACUUCUCGUGUGACAAGUGAACGUCCAACAGAACCAGCUUCUUCCACAACUGCUCGUGUCACCACCAGUGAACGUCCAACAGAACCAGCUACCACAACAUCUCGUGUCACCACCAGUGAACGUCCAACAGAACCAGCUACCACAACUGCUCGUGUCACCACCAGUGAACGUCCAACAGAACCAGCUACCACAACUGCUCGUGUCAUCACCAGUGAACGUCCAACAGAACCAGCAACAACUGCUCGUAUCACCACCAGUGAACGUCCAACAGAACCAGCUACCACAACGUCUCUUGUCAUCACCAGUGAGCGUUCAACAGAACCAGCUACCACAACAGCUCGUGUCACCACCAGUGAACGUCCAACAGAAGCAGCUACCACAACGUCUCGUAUCACCACCAGUGAACGUCCAACAGAACCAGCUACCACUACUGCUCGUAUCACCACCAGUGAACGUCCAACAGAACCAGCUACCACAACUGCUCGUGUCAUCACCAGUGAACGUCCAACAGAACCAGCAACAACUGCUCGUAUCACCACCAGUGAACGUCCAACAGAACCAGCUACCACAACGUCUCUUGUCAUCACCAGUGAGCGUCCAACAGAACCAGCUACCACAACAGCUCGUGUCACCACCAGUGAACGUCCAACAGAACCAGCUACCACAACGUCUCGUAUCACCACCAGUAAACGUCCAACAGAACCAGCAACAACUGCUCGUAUCACCACCAGUGAACGUCCAACAGAACCAGCUACCACAACGUCUCGUAUCACCACCAGUGAACGUCCAACAGAACCAGCUACGACAACGUCUCGUGUCACCACCAGUGAACGUACAACAGAACCAGUUUCCACUACAACUGCUCGUGCAACUACACAACGUCCAACAAGUCCAGUUGUUUCAACAACGGCAAGUGUUAGUAGUACACCUCCGACAGAGCCUUCCGUCAGCCAACUGAUAUCAACAGCAAGUAUGUCGCAAAACGAAUGCUCGGCAACAUAUACAGGCCUGUCCGGUGAUUUAAACUCUCCAAACUACCCAAGAAAGUAUCCUAACAAUAAGAAAUGUUCCUACACAAUCAAUGUUCCAGUGGGGAAGAGAAUCGUCUUACAGUUCAAAGACUUCCAGAUUGAAAACGAAGGGGAUUUUUCAAAUCUGCAAAGCUCCUGUCCUUUCGACGCCAUUUUGGUUCAUCUUGGCAAUGGGAUUCGCAUGCCGAUGAAAUUGUGUGGUAACAAGCAACCCGAAGAGGCUCUGGUGUCUCUCGCCAACACAAUGACUUUGGAGUUGAUAACCGACAGUACGAUCAGGAAAAAGGGUUUCUCUGCUUCCUAUCACACUAUAUAUGAACCCCUGCCAUCCCUGGGAGAGGAACACGUAAUUACAUCACCCAAGUGGCCUGAACAAUGCCCAGGGAUGCUUCGUGAUACCUACUCCCUGGAAGUAGAGGAGAACUUCCGGGUCGAGCUUACCUUCAAUGUCAUUGACCUGAUAGAUGAUGUGACUUGUAGGGAAGACGAGCUCGAGAUCGAUCUUGGUAGAGGAAUUGCUGUCCCCAUGAUUCUGUGUGGAAACAGAUUGCCUGAGGGUUCACUUGUUUCUCUAGAUAACACCAUGAACUUGAAGUUGCUCACUGACAGAUCGUCCACCAGACGAGGAUUUUCAGCUUCGUAUAGAGCUGUACCAGCGGACAUCUUUGAUUUACCCGACAAUGAUGAUGAAGUAGAAGAAGAUUUGGACGGUAGCGAGAAUCGCAAUGGAAACAGCAAUGGGAAUGGCUAUGGGACCGGUAAUCAUGGUAAUGGUAACGGGAACGGCAAUAGAAAUCGAAAUGGCAACAUGAAUGAAAACGGUAGAGGGAAUGGCAAUAGUUUGGGGAAUGGCAACGGAAAUUGGAAUUGGAACCAGUAUCAUGACUAUUGGAACGGGGACGACUACGUGAAUGGGAAUUUGGUUGAUCAUUGGGAUGGAGAAGGAAAUGGAAACGGGGCCUGGGAUGGGGAUCGGUUUGAGAACGAUCAUUGGAACGGAGACAUGAACGAAAAUGGAAAUGGCUAUUGGAACGACUAUCGAAACAAUAAUGGUUAUGACAAUGGGCGAGGUUGGCAAUGGGAAUAGAGGUUACGACCGACAUGAAUAACCGCAUCCCGGGAAAUGAGACUACCAUCAAAUGUUAAACAAGAAAAAGUGGAUGUAAUAUCUUCUCUUUUAUCACAUUUAUAUGUAUAUUUUCUUGCAAGCUUGACUUGACAAAAUCUACAGCUUUAGACUAUAUUUUGCCAUACUGUAUAUCCCUCUUAUUUGGCGCGGCUUUUCAAUUCUAUCUGCAUUCAAAUUAUGAGUAAUUACUUUUCCCCACAUAGCAAUUUUGGCCCAUUAAGAGCCAAACAAAGAAAAUAAUCAUAAAACAAAAAACAGAACGAAGACUUCCGCCAAUUUCCUCUCCAAAUUGAAAAAAAAAAUCGAAAUCAUAACCUGGCAAUCAAAAAUAUAAUGAAUAGAAUUUUCUACAAACAAAACUAUGGAAUCAUAACGGUCCUGAAUCAGGGGCGGCGGAACCGGGGAGGGGGCAGGGAGGCACUUGCCCCCCCCCAAAAAAAAAAAAUAUAUAUAUAUAUAUUUCAGCUCGCGCUUCGCGCGCGCAUUAUUCGAUUGGUGAGAUGUGUAUCCUAUUAAUCAGUCACUAAAUGCAGUCAUUAUCAGGUCAAUUUUCUGGUGUCCAAAAGUUUGAGCUUGCAAUUCACGCUUGUAACAUUUCGCUAGGAUGCCCUUCAAUAAUAAACGCUAUAAUUGACCAAAAAGCGAGUUUCACAACUGCAGAUUUGAUUAUCUUUUAUGUAUAUAUAAACCGCUCGCUCGCUAUGCUCUCUCGCGGAAAAAAAAGCCUAACUGUAUAUUUCAUUAAACAGAAGUCAGUUCAAAAAGGUUUUGCUCAACUUUAUUACUGAAAAACACACAACUACUUCACGCAGAUGAUAAUCUCAUGGUGAAAAUAUCCGUUUGCACCAAAAUGCCAAUUUUGAUAUCUAAGUGCCCUUUUUGGGCUUUGCCCCCUAAACGAAAAUACGUUCCGCCGCCCCUGUCCUGAAUGCACAGUGUGACGUCAAGUAGCUCAGGCGGUUAAGAAGCUCGAUACAGCGCUAAACCUAUUAAAUUGAAUAUGAUUGAAAUAUGGAUAAAACUUACAUUGUUGUAUUAUGUAGCUUAUAUAUUUCCUAUUAGCCAAUUUUGAUUUUAUCUCUGGUCUGAGUCUUUAAUAUCGUUUUCGUAAAUUGAUUUAUCAGCUCACCGAUAUUUUUGCACGACAUUUACAGUUCAGUUUAAGAACAUAUGGAGUUUGGGGCCAAAGUAUAAACACAAACUUUAGUUCGUAGUUAAGAGAACGAUGAAGGCUAACAAAUCUAUUGCUUAUUCAAUUUAUUUUAAUCAUUUUUUUCCUUUGUGCCUGUUACGAACUGGCAAAUGCCUAUGAAUAUCACACUUGUUUAAGAAUGAACAACAUCAUACCUACUUGUAUUAUUUUUGUAGACCAGGUAAAAUUGUGCAAUUAAACGCAAUCAUG